AUGUUUCCACCACCCUAUGAACUAAUUGAAUGUAUUGAUCUAUUUAAUAUUCUCAAUGCUGAAAUCAACGGUUUAGCUCGUAUUAGCGAUACAAACUAUCUCUAUUUGCUCGAUUGUCGAUCACGUAAAGAGUACGAUGAAAGUCAUGUUAUAAGUGCUACUCAUAUUCGACGUGACAAAGAUGGACAAUAUCAAAUACCAUGGCAUGCUGAUCUGGAAACACGGGAACAUAUUGUUCUCUAUGACAAUGUCACCGAUAGUUUACCAUUGAACGAAAAAGAUGAUGUCUAUGCAUGUGCAAAUGUACUGCAACAAUAUGCUGGUGGUUUAACAAUUAUCAAAAUCCUUCGAGUCUAUUUGGGACGACGUGAACAUGCCGUUAAUUCACAAAUAGUCAAAGAUUUGAAGUUUCGUGCUUAUGUUAACUGUACAAAACAUGAUGAUUUCAUAGUACAAAAUGGAGAUUCAAGAAAAUACUGUCGUGUUCCUAUCGAUGAUGUUCAUGAUGCAAAGAAUAUUUCGGACUUAUUACGUGAUGCUGUUAAUUUUAUAUCUGUGGCUUAUGAUCGUGGAGAUCCUGUUCUUGUUUAUUCCGAUCGUGGUGUUAGUCGAUCUGCAGCUGUCAUUGUUGCAUUUAUUUCAUUCCAUAAGAGAAUCAGUUCGAAAGAAGCAUUGGAAUAUGUUGAGAAACAUCGAGAUGUACGUCCGCAACAAUCUUUUGUUGCUCAUGUUGAUCAAUUAAAUGAGAAGUUACAAGAAUUGAAAGAAGCUAUGUCAAGUGCUAAUCAUGCAUCGAAAAACCAUGACGAACAAACGAAAGAAUAA